AUGGAGUACCGGUGGGUUUCCCUUGAUAUCUCUCUCUUGCUGUGCAGUGCACUGCAGGUUUGCGCUCAGAUACGAUAUUCUGUUCCAGAGGAGGUGAAAGUGAAUUCAUUUGUUGGGAAUGUUGCAAAGGACUUGGGACUCGAUGUCAGCACGUUGGCAGCAAGACGAUUUCGUCUCGUGUCUGGGUCUAAAGAAGCUCUCUUUGGUGUAAAUGGGAAUGGGAUAUUGUUUGUUAAUAAAAAUAUUGACCGAGAGGAGCGCUGUGAUGGUAGCGGUCCCUGUAUGAUCAAUCUAAAAAUCGCUGUUGAAAAUCCUCUUGAAAUUCAUUACGUGGGGAUAGAGAUAACAGACGUAAAUGAUCAUUCUCCCAGUUUUUUAGACAAAGACGUUAACAUCGAGGUAGCUGAAAACAAACUCCCAGGUGCUCGCUUUGAACUGCACGCUGCACGGGAUCUAGACGCUGGAAUUAAUUCUGUUAGACGGUAUAAAUUAAAUGAAAAUGAACAUUUUAACGUAGAGCUUCGUGAUAAUGGGGAUGAGGACAAAAUUCCGGUUUUGGUAUUAAAAAAAGCUUUGGACCGGGAACAGAAUAUCAAGCAUUCAUUGUUUUUGACUGCAUUAGAUGGAGGAAAUCCGCCUAAAUCAGGGACUCUGAACGUGACUGUUACAGUACUAGACACGAAUGAUAACCAGCCAGUUUGCAGUCAAGAUGCAUACUCUGUGAUUCUACAGGAGAAUUCUGAAAUAGGUAAGAUCGUUGUUAAAAUCAGUGCAUCAGAUGCAGAUGAUGGAGCCAAUGGCGAAGUUGAAUACAGCUUAGGGAGGAAUGUCAAGAAAGGAGUACAGGAGCUUUUCCAUUUGGAUAGUGUCACAGGGGUGCUUCGAGUUAAAGGUAAAAUAGACUAUGAAGAGAACGAAGUAUUCAGGUUGAACGUACAGGCGUCUGAUAAAGGGCAGCCACCAUUAAGUGUUGACUGCAGGGUUAUUAUAAAAGUUGAAGACGUGAACGAUAAUAAACCGGAAAUUGACGUGACAUCACUUUCCAAUACAGUGGUGGAAAACGCAAAACCAGGAACCGUCAUUUCACUAAUUAGUUUGACAGAUAGAGAUUCUGGAAACAACGGUAAAGUAGUUUGCAGAAUUUCUGAAAACUCCCCAUUUGAGCUCAAACCUUCUUUUCAAGAAAACGUAUAUUCAAUCGUUACAAAGGGUCGCUUGGAUAGAGAAUUUUUGUCUCAUUUUAACAUUUCAAUCACAGCUACAGACUGCGGCCAGCCUCCUUUAUCCACCACCAAAACGCUCAGUGUUGAGAUUGCAGAUGUGAAUGAUAACAGUCCAGUAUUCUCUCAAAAUCCUCUUGCGCUGUACAUGUUUGAAAACAAUGUUCCAGGUGAAUUGAUAUUAUCUGUAAGUGCUUCCGAUAAAGAUUUGGGUGAAAAUGCUGUUGUAACGUAUCAUCUAGUCAGAGGUCAUGAGGCGCAUAGUGGAAUCGCGUCCUUCCUUAAUAUUAAUUCUGAUAAUGGGCAAAUUUCAGCACUAAAAAGCUUUGACUUCGAAAAAAUAAAAACAUUCCAGUUCCAAGUUAUUGCCACAGACUCUGGAACUCCAUCACUGAGCAGCAACGUCACAGUGAACGUGUUCAUUCUGGAUCAGAACGACAACGCUCCAGUCAUCUUGUAUCCAGUCAGCGCGAACGGUUCUGCUGAAGGUGUGGAGGAGAUUCCCCGCAAUGUGAACGCAGGCCACCUGGUGACUAAAGUGAGAGCCUAUGAUCCAGAUAUAGGAUACAACGGCUGGUUGUUGUUGUCACUGCAGGAAGUGAGUGACCACAGUCUGUUUGCUUUGGAUCGCUAUACAGGACAGCUAAGAACACUUCGUUCAUUCACAGAGACAGACGAGGCUGAGCAUAAACUGGUCAUACUGGUGAAAGACAAUGGGAACGUUUCCCUGUCAGCAACAGCCACUGUGAUUGUCAAGGCUGUGGAGCCCAAAGAGGCCUUUGCAGCUGCUGAUGUCAAAAGUGCAGCAAACCAUGUGGAGGAGGACAAUGUUACAUUUUAUUUGAUAAUAACUUUGGGCGCAGUUUCAUCACUUUUUCUCAUCAGUAUCAUCGUGUUGAUUGUCAUGCAGUGCUCUAGAUCCACAGACUAUUCCUCCAAAUACUUGCAAGACACAAAUUAUGACGGGACACUGUGCCACAGCAUCCAGUACAGAUCUGGAGACAAACGGUACAUGUUAGUUGGACCCAGAAUGAGUAUAGGAUCAACUAUAGUCCCGGGCAGCAACGCGAAUACUCUCGUUCUCCCAGAGAGGAGGCAGGCAUCUGGAGAGGUAAGCCUUCUUAAUGCUUUAUCAAAUACGUUUUACUUCAUGCAAUUAUUCCAAUGUUUCAGUUCAGUUAAUUCUUGA